AUGAAUGAAAAUGAUAAUAAUUUAGAGAAUGAAACAGGAUUUUCAGGUAGAUUAAUUGUUGUUUCAAAUAGAUUACCAGUAUCAAUUAAAAAGGAAUCAAAUGGUAAAUGGAGUUGUAAGAUGAGUAGUGGAGGUUUGGUAGCAGCAUUAUCAGGGUUAAAAUCAAAUUUUAUAUGGGUAGGAUGGAUUGGAGCAGAGAUUGAAGAAGAUGAUCGAAAAGAGAUUAAAGAAUUACUUUGGAAAGAUUAUAGUUGUAUACCAGUAUUCCUCUCGGAAAAGGUUGCCAAUGAACAUUACAAUGGAUUCUCAAAUGGAGUACUUUGGCCAUUAUUUCAUUAUUUACCAGGAGAUCUCGAUUAUGAUGAUAGAAUUUGGAAUUCCUAUGUGGAAGCAAAUGAACAAUUCUCAAGUGUAGUUGCAGAGAUAUUGAAGCCAAAUGAUUUAGUAUGGGUACACGAUUAUCAUAUGAUGUUAUUACCAGAGAUAUUAAAACAAAAGAAACCAGAUGCAAGAAUUGGGUUCUUUCUACACAUUCCAUUUCCAUCAUCAGAGAUCUUUCGUGUAUUGCCAUGUCGUAAAGAGAUACUAUUGGGUAUAUUGAACUGUUGUUUAAUCGGUUUCCAUACAUACGAUUAUGCUCGUCAUUUUUUGAAAUCAUGUACCCGUAUAGUUGGUCUUGAAACGGCACCCAAUGGAGUUUACUUUAAGGAUCGUUUCGUUCAAGUUGGUGUAUUCCCAGUUGGUAUUGAUCCGGAUAAAUUCUUUGAAUCGUUAAAGACUACUCAAGUUCAAAAUAGAAUCAAAGAGUUAAAAGAAUCAUUUGAGGGUACAAAAGUAUUGAUUGGAAUCGAUCGUUUGGAUUAUAUCAAAGGUAUACCACAGAAAUUGCAAGCUAUUGAAAGACUUUUUCAAAAGUAUCCAGAGUGGAAGGGUAAAUUGGUAUUGAUUCAAGUUGCUGUACCAUCCAGACAAGACGUUGAAGAAUAUCAAAAAUUGAAAAAAGAAGUUGAAGAAUUGGUCGGUAGAAUCAAUGGUUUAUAUGGUUCAAUAGGUUAUUCACCAAUUCAUUACCUUUUUCAAUCGGUUGAUCCAUCGGAAUUGACUGCAUUAUAUAAUAUCUCUGACGCAGCUUUGAUCACUUCAAUUAGAGAUGGUAUGAAUUUAGUGGCUCAAGAGUAUAUAGUUUGUCAAACUGAAAACAAUGGUGUAUUAAUUCUCUCUGAAUUCACUGGUGCCGCUCAAUCACUAUCGGGUGCUGUUAUGAUUAACCCAUGGAAUACUGAAGAGGUUGCUGAUUCAAUUCAUAAUUCUUUGUUAAUGCCACCUGAAGAACGUGAAGAAAAACAUCAAAUGCUACUAAAAUAUGUUACAAAACAUACUGCUUCUCAUUGGGGUUUGGGUUUUGUAAAAGAAUUAAAUAAAGCAAGUUCCAAUACUGAUAAAAUGGUAACCAUUCAAAAGUUAGACAUUGAAAAGGUGGUUGAUAUCUAUAAACAGAGCAAACGUCGUCUAUUAAUAUUUGCAUAUGAUGGAACUUUAAUUCCUUAUAAUAAUGUACCACAAUUAAGUAGACCAUCUCAAGAAUUAUUAAAUAGUUUUGAUAUACUUUCAAAUGAUCCAAAAACUGACGUAUACAUAUUGAGUGGUCGUGAUAAGAAAACUCUUAGUGAAUGGUUUUUGGGUAUUCAGAUUGGUUUAUCAGCAGAAUAUGGUUGUUUCUUUAAAUUACCAGAAUCAACUGAAUGGGAACAACAAGUUCCAUCAAUGGAUUUAAGUUGGAAAGAAACUAUUCGUCCACUCUUUAAAUAUUUCACUCUUCGUACUCCAGGUUCUUUCUUUGAAGAAAAAGAAAUGUUAUUCACAUGGCAUUAUAGAAAUGCUGAUCCAAUAUUUGGUUCAAUUCAAGCACGUGAAUUACAUUUACAUUUAGAUAAUUUACCUUUAGAUGUUAUAGUUGGUGAUAAAACAUUGGGUGUAAGAUCAUAUAAUAUAAAUCCAUUAUCCUCAAUGAAAAAAGUUAUAACAGACACAAUUCCAAAAGGAUUAGAUUUAAUUUUAUUAAUUGGUGAUACUCAUAUUCAUCCAAGUGAAUUGCCAACAUUUGAUGGUAAAAUCUUUAAUAUUUCAGUUGGUAAAAAAUCUGUUAAAGAUAGUUACCAUUUAAGUGAUCCAGCUGAAGUUAAUUAUCUUAUUAUUAAUUAG